UCUUUGAUCACUUUGAGUCGCCCACAAGGCAAAAACAAAGAAAAAGAAAAGGAAAGGUUGAUACUCAGUUAGCGCUACAGUCGCUCGCAUGGAGAGUGCGUCAGGCAGAUAACAAAGAACAGUUAUCCUUGUGUUUCACUACUUCUAACAGUACUAGCAUAUAUACCUUUCAAUCUUUAAUCCCUUUACCUUUAAAAAAUCCUGCAGCAGCUAGCUGGCUACAAAGAAAAGAACCAACUUUCUUCUUUUUCCUGGGAGCUAGUAACAAAGAAUCAUCGGAUGACCAUUUACAGACAGAAAAGAAAAGUUUACCCGGAGAUUUGCCUAAAAGCAAAGUUUAUGUGGACUGCCACCAGGCAAUUUGCAUCGACCUAGCUAUACUCUACCUCACUCACUCAGCCUCUCCGAGACACACGAAAAUACACAACCGUUGGUUCUAUCUGUUCGGCUCCUGUCUGUCUCUCCUACUACACGCCAAUUCUACUUAACUGAGAUCCCAUAAUUAUUGGCUGCAGUAUUAUCCCAAAGGAAAGUGGAGGUUGCAGUAUUAUUGGCUGAAGAUCUAGCAGCUACACCCCAGAAAUCCACCACAGGCUGUGCUGACAGGCGUGGCCGGUUACUCCAAUCCAAUCCACUAUGCGUACUGAGGGCCUUUGGGCCGACACGAUAGACGAGGCUGCUGGAAGAAUUCUCGAAGUGCUGAAGAGAAGUAUCAGUAGCAGAGACAACGUCUUCUACUUCGAUGGCUGGGAUGGGUUGGGGGCGUCCGCCGUCCUCCGAGCCAUCGCCACCCCAACUUCACCACGUGUGAAGAGAGCCCUGGCCGACCUGGAGUUUGAUCAGGUGAUCCACAUCGACUGCUCAAUGUGGGAGAGCAGGAGAGCAUUUCAGAGGGCGGUCGCGGAGCAGCUGAAGCUCCCCGAUAAAGUGAUGAAGAUGUUUGACAGGCAAGACGAGGAGGACGAUUUCCGCGGGGUGGCCCAGGGCUCUCGCCGUGAGGUAGAACAAGUCGUCAGAGAGAUGCAUGAGUGCAUGCAGAAGCUGAACCGUAGAUUCUUGGUCAUCUUCCACAAUGGGAGCGGAGAGGAGAUCGAUCUGGCCAGUUUUUGUGGCUUCCUUUUGUCCGGGUACUCAACCAGCAAGGUGCUCUGGACAUUCCAAGGGAGAUUCCGGCUAAAAACCCGGGUGAAAGUUGACAUGGCCAUAAAGAGCGCAGGAACAACUGAUGCUUUUCUCUGGGCGGGCCAGCGGAAUGAGAAGCAAGAGCAGCUCUGGUCCUACCUUGUACUCCAAGAGGCUGCGGAAGUAGCUGAAGCAUGCAAGGUCACAGCUGGGUCAGGCGACAUUAUCGAUCAGCCUGCACAAGUGGCCGAGUGCUUCAUAUACAUGUUGGAGCUGUGUUGCAGAGGCAGCCACUCGAUUGACUUUGAUUUGGCCACCCAUGGCACCAACUACUGGGUAUGUGAUGGCAUCAUACAACAGCUAAAACAGGAAGGAAGAGACCUCAGCGCUAAUGAUGAUAGUGAUUGGCUUUGGAGAGCUGCCGAUGCGCUGCAGCGUGAGAUAGCAUUGGAUGUAGACUACCAUCAACAUGUGCCCUCAUCUCACUUGUCAUUAUGUGUCGAGAGCAAGCCAUAUUGGAUUUCACCAAAUUAUGGGUUUAAUCGGGUCCCGGGCAGAGCUAUCCUUAAUGGGGGCACUUUCCAACACUAUCUCGACAAGCUUCGUGUUCUCAAGCUCUCACGCUGCACCUUCAACUUCCAAUCACCUCCAUUCCUCUACUGCCAGGGCCUCAGGUUUCUAUGGCUUGACCAUUGCCAAGACACUGGGAUCAACAAAGACGGAGAAGGGAAGGAGGACGUCUGCCGGUGCUUCCAGAGGUUAUGGGUGCUUGACGUGCGUUACACAGACUGUCAUCAGAUCUUAUCUGCACAGACAAUGGAUUUCAUGACUCAACUCAGGGAGCUAAAUGUGAUGGGAACCGAGGGAUGGGACAUGGGACAGCUCCAGGGACGAUUGCCUAACAUCCGCAAGCUCCGAGUAACAAAGUCUACUGUCACCUGCAGUUUCUCAGAAGAGGACCUGUUCUCAAAGAUGAACAAGAUGGAGGUUCUUGAAUUUUCAGGAAACAGCAUUUACAGUUUUGGCAUCACAGUCAACAAUAGCAGCUGCCUUGAGACCGUCAAUAUUGGCAAGUGUAUGGGAUUACUUCGAAUCUCCUUCAAGGGAUGUACUAAACUGAAGAAUCUAAUCUUUAGUGGGUGGUUGUUUAAUUUUCUUACCAUAGACAUCUCAGGCACAGCAGUGAAAACACUGGAUCUCACUGCAUUAACAAACCUUGAUGCUCUUUUUGAGCUCUAUCUACUUGACUGCAAGAAGCUUUGUGCAAUACUGUGGCCACCAAAAGACAACAUGAUGAAACAUGACAUAGAUAUGCUCUGCAUUGACACCACGCGGUCAGCACCCACUGCCCAAUCUAGGGAAGAAAUAGCCAAGAGUGGUACUACUGCUGCUACUAUAGGAACAUCGGCAGCAACAACAGUACUGCAUCGCAGUCGACCGACCAAUGAAUUUCCUUGGUACAUUUCUGUAAGGGAUGCAAGGCUCCUCAUGUCCCUUGAGGCAGUGUAUUCCAAAUCCCGCGAGCUAUAUUUGGAGGUUUCCCCUACACCAAGUCCUACUGUUUUUGCUGCUGGUUGCAGAGAUGAAGGAAUCAAGAGCGGCAGCAGCAGUGAGCUACAGCGACAGCCUGCACCUGCAAUAUACGCAGCAGCAGGUACCACCGCUAAAUGUGAUGGUGAUGCUCCAGGGAUCAUGUGGAUGUGGUCUUGCCCGGAUGUUCCUGAUCUUCACGAAAAGAGCUGCUACAUGCACAUACAAGAAACCAAUACCGCCAUUACUGUCCCAGGGUUUGUAGUUGAUUGUGCUAAAAUCCUGCAUGUGCGGGAUAGCAUGUCCAUCACUGUUUUUCCGGGCACCAAGUACCAGGGUUCAGAAUGGUACCAACUGGAGUGGUGCAGAAUCGAGAGGUGCCCCAGAUUGGAGGAUGUGUUCACUCCCCAAGAAAAAAAUAGAGGCCUCAUAUAUAUCAAAGACUACAGGAUGAAGACAUUCUGGGCCUCACAGCUUCGGAAGGCAAGCUGUAUCUGGAAGUGGACUCAACCAUGUGGAUUGCUGGUAUUUUUGCACGUGGAUUGCUGCCCCAGGCUGGUAUAUGUACUCCCUUUGUCAAUAUACACUUGGAUAUUGAGUCAGCUAGAAACCCUCGAGAUCACGUGGUGCGGGGAUCUCCGGGAGGUAUUUCCUUUGGAGACCUACCCCAUGGGCUUGGCAGAGAAGCAGCCUCAGCCAGUUACUACCCUAGACUUCCCGGGUCUCAAGCGUAUCCACCUGCAUGAGCUCCCUAGACUACAUAGCAUCUGUGGGCUCAGGAUGUCCGCGCCCAAUCUGGAGACCAUCAAGAUCAGGGGCUGCUGGAGUCUCAAACACCUUCCGGACGUCGGUGGCGGUGACAAGGCAGUGGAGUGCGACUGCGAGAAGGAAUGGUGGGACAGGCUUGAGUGGGAUGAUGGCUCGCAGGUGACCCGCUACAAGCCGAUCCACUCGCGGUACUACAAGAAGACCCUGCUCAGGAGCUCUGUUCUCAGGUGAGGUGUUGUCGCUGAUUCUGCUUCAGCGGCUGUUCGAUUGAUUUGUGUGUGAGAAUGACGACACGGAUGCGUCCAGGUUGUCUGCUUCUGCUUUGAUUUACUUUGUUUUGGUUUGGUUGUUGGUCGUCGUUCCUCAGUGGAUCCAACCCAACCACUAUAACACAGAUUGAAAGCGUGUUAUCAUGACAUCUUGAUGGAUAAGAUGGCGUGCUGCAGACAGACCCCUAUGUGCUUCUGCAGACACAUCUGGAGGCUGGAGCUGUGGAGAAAAUAAAAGCAAGAGCCAGCGAUCGUUUCAGUUCAGCAGCUGAGUUCCCUUCGGUUUGCUUCUGCAGUUGCUGCGCUCUUGGCUGGUGUGCUUGCGGUGUGUGCUGUAUUUCUGUGGCGUGUGGGCUUUCAGUAUUGUGUGGAAUGGAGUGAUCAAUGUUGUUUGUUGAGGCGCUUGUAUUUACAAACAAAUCAAUAAAUACUGAUGGUUGUAUGUGUGA